UAUCCGUGAUUAAUUUCCACAUCGUGCUUUUGACAACCUGUGUGAGGUUAGAGCACCAAAAACAUAUUCUAGCCACGCCAAUAAUAAUUUAUCGCUGAUAGCAGCAAGAAUGGCUGAAGCAAUGCGUCAGACCGUAGCUGGAAUGCUGAAAGGCAUUGAAAGGUACAACCCAGAUAACCUCACAACUCUCGAAAAAUACGUGGAAAUACAGUCGAGGGAGAACGCGUACGACUUGGAGGCAAACUUAGCCGUUCUGAAGCUGUACCAAUUAAACCCGCAGCGAUUCAACAUGGAUAUUGCGUGUCAGAUACUGCUCAAGGCCCUAACCAAUCUCCCACACACCGACUUUGUGCUGUGCAAGUGUCUGCUCAGUGAGAAACUUAUGCAAGAAAGCCCUAUAAGUCAAAUCAUGUAUCUGGGGGAUAUCUUGGAGCGCUGCGAGUUCCAGCAUUUCUGGGACAGGAUGUUGUCCAUGUCUGAACUGUGCGACAGGAUCGUAGGUUUCCAGGAUUCCAUAAGGAAGUUCGUCUGUCACGUGGUCGGAAUCACGUUUCAAACAAUAGAAAAGGGACUGCUGGCACAGCUGCUUGGCAGUGUCGAUGACACGACGUUGAAGCAUUGGGUAAAGAAAUACGGCUGGAAGGAGGAGAGUAAAACGAUCAUCUUUAUUGCGAAUCAAGAUGAAAACAUCAAGACCAAGAACAUUACCGAAAAGAUUGAUUUUGAGAACGUGGCGGGUCUGAUGGCUGCUUGCCUGUAGAUGUUAGUCAUUAUUUUCUAAUAAAAUAAUCUUAUCGAUUAUCGAAAAUGUUUCUACAUAAUUUAUGUAUCAACAUAUAUCGCUGUCCUGCAAAAGCAUUUAUAAAAAGUUUCUUUUUACAGUAA